UUAUGUGCGACUGAAAUGUUUACCGUUACCAUAGCGAUGAAGGGGUAGAGUUGCAUGUAUACAGCAAAUCGUGUGAAAGAUUGGUGGACUUGUAACCAGGGGCAGCAAAGGCGUGCAAGACAUCCUGUACUCUCCAAGAGUAGUUCGUAAAAUGUUCUGUUGAGUACCCGCAGACAACUGGGGCUGGCAUUGUAUAAAGGAACGAAGCUGUACGGUGAAGUCAGUACGAACCAGGAAGAAAAUUGUCAGGAUUGCUAUUCCUAGCAAAAAGAUCGAAAAAAAUACAAGCACUGAGCUAGGGCAUGAGAUAGUGUGCACAGUGCGACAGCUACCUGUGGUGGGAGUCGGGACACUGGUGAUACUGAGAGGAAAGAGCUCUAAGACUGCAGAACAGUUAUAUAGAAAAACAACAUGGUAUUUAUUUAAUGUCCAGGACAUGGUGGCUAUGGAAUUUAUAGAUUAGUGCAAGUAACUGUCGCCUAGGGUACAUUCGGUAAUAGUACUACUAUUCCCUCUCUUUAUAAUUUACUUGCAAUAUCAAGGCACAUUGACCCGCUUUACUUCCAGGUAUUUCUGGGUCCUAUAACUUAGAGUAGCGACGUAGGCUGUUUGAGGCUCCAAAAGGAACAAUAACAACUGUAACUGCAAUUCUGCAAAAAGUGGCGCUAGUUAUCUACUACUGGAGACCUGCAGAAAACAACAUUAUCUGAAGAUCAAGACUGGAGCCAUAACUGUUUAGAAAGUAGUUUACUGAUCGUGAACUCCAACUAGUUGAAGGAAAACAAGUGACCUGACCUAGGAGCCGUUGGGAUAGGAAAAUCAUGGACACCCCCCACGGAUUACCAUUCCUGCCUGGAAACUCAUUCAGGGACCCUACGAAAACUCAAUUUCAUCUCUCACAGACAUUGGACUACAAAAAUGGGUAUACUAUUCCACGUGUGCCUUUGUCAGCAGGACAGAUUUCUCAAGCUGAAAUGGAUGAACUAGCUAAUAAGCUUCCUACUCUAACAUAUGGCCAAGCCAAGCCUUCUCCACCAGUAGACUUCAUACCAGCCCAUGUGGCUUUUGACAAAAAGGUGCUGAAAUUUGAUGCCUACUUUAAGGAAACUGUGCCUCAGUCUCCUGCUGAGCAGUCCCGAAUCCGGCCAGUGACCCUGUACUACUACUUGGAAGAUGACAGUAUUGCCAUUAUGGAGCCCCAAAUAGAGAACUCUGGUAUACCACAAGGAAAGCUGAUCAAAAGACAGCGUCUACCAAAGAAUGAGCGUGGAGACCACUACCACUGGAAGGACCUGAAUGUGGCUAUGAGUAUAAUUGUCUAUGGCAAGGUGUUCCGUAUCACAGACUGUGACAAGUUUACAAAGGAUUUCAUGGAGAGAGAAGGGAUUGAGCUGAAUCAUCCUGAGCAAACUCCUGUGGAUCCAUAUACAGAACAAAGGAAAGAACCACAACGUAUCUUUGUUAGCCCUUCAGAUUUUGACCGGCUCAGACAGUUCCUUACCAUGGACCGCAAGGUGUUACGUUUCUUUGCCAUUUGGGAUGAUACAAGCAGCAUGUAUGGUGAAUCCCGACUGUUUAUCAUACACUACUAUCUGGUGGAUGACACUGUAGAGAUCCGUGAAGUGCAACAAGUAAACAGUGGUAGAGAUCCAUUCCCUGUACUGUUGAGGCGUCAACAUCUUCCUAAGACCAAGUAUAUUGUUGAUAAAAAUUUCCCAGCCUGUGUGCUGGAAGUGACAGACCAGGAAGUGAAGGAAUGGUUCUCUCCUAUGGACUUCAUAGUGGGCCAAAAAGUCACCAUUCUAGGACGCCAUUUCUUGCUGUAUGACUGCGAUAAAUACACUAGGGAGUACUAUCAGGAAAAUUUGGGAAUCCAUGACUUCCAGUCCAUAGAUGUGUCCAAGAAACAGCUGGAUGAAUUCAAAAAGGAGAUCCCUCCAUACAAUGGUUUUGGCAUCCUUGAAGACUCUCUCCAAAACUGCCUAACUUUGAUCCCAAAGCCUCCAAGGAAAGACGUCAUCAAAAUGCUAGAGAAUGACCACAAAGUUUUACGUUAUGAAGCCAUUCUGGAUUCUAUAAACCCAGAAGACAAAAGACGUCGCUUCAUCAUCUCCUUCUUCCUCUCCAGUGACAUGAUUAGUAUCUAUGAGCCACCUAUUCGUAACUCUGGUAUCCGAGGAGGAAAGUUUCUUGAGAAAGCCAAGGUACUAAAGCCUGGCUCUACCAUUGGUAACCCUCAGUACUAUGGACCUCAAGACUUUGCCAUUGGGAGCAUUGUUGAAGUCUUCGGAAAUAAAUUUGUUAUCACCAACGCAGAUCUGUAUGUUCUGAAGUAUGCAGAAGCAAAUGCUAGUCAUUUCCCACUGACAACACUGAAUUCUUUGCGGGACGGUAUAAGGACACAGUGCUCUGGUUCACAAGAGGAGAAGAGAAUAGUUCGUGUCACUAAAGACCAGAUAGAAAUACUGGCACAAUUAGUGAAGGAAGAGCUGAUGAAACAAAACUACCAGAAAAAUGUGGGCCUACAGAAAGCUCUCAUCCAGGAAGACAAGGCAAACACCAAAACACUCCCAAAAGAAAAGUUUAUUGCUCUGUGUGAGGAGUUUGACAUACCAGUCCAUGACAUUACCAUAGCAAAGCUGAUUUUUCUCUGUACCUAUGAAGACAAGAUAAACUAUGAUGCUUUCCUUAAAGCUCUGAAUUUCUAAGUUUUCUGUCAAGAAAGAAGAAAUAUCUCCACAGCUGAUAAAAUCUAAGUAAAAUAAUUUUCACCAUGGCCCGAUCUCCAAAAGAAGCAUGAUCAUUUUUAAUAGACAAUAAUUUCAGAUGUUUAUUUAAGAAAUAACUCUUUUCAGCGUGUGUUUUUCUACAUAACACUACAUAACUGUUGCAAUAUAGUAUGCAAGUAUGUGAUUUCUGAAGAAUCACAGCUUGAGGAGACAAAGGGCAGCCUUUUAUUUUGCAGUAUUUCUUUCCAGCGUUUUAGUUCACUAACUGCAUAAAAAUGAAAAAUCCCUGUCUCUUGUAGGUUUGCACAGUGGAUAGCAUUGUCGGAUCCCUGCAAGAGGUUCUCCAGUUCAACUCUCAGCUGGGGUUCCUUCUGUGUGGAGUCUGCAUGUUUGUCCAGGUGCUCCAUUUUCCUUCCUCAUUCCAAAGACAGGCAGUAAGUGGACUGGGCAUUCUAAACUGGCUGUGAGUGUGUGGCAUGGAAGAACUACCAUGGCAGGGCUAGCACCUGGCAGUGUAAACCUUGACUCUAAACAGUUGUCACUGUGACACCCUAACCCCAUUUGCAAAAAGAGGAAAAGGGAUUGUGAAUGGAUGUACCAGCAAUUUCUUUUGGGUCAUGGGCUUAUGGUGGAAAAUUACUUAUCCAAAAAAAUAACAUUACUUUUUAAAGAAAUGUCAUCAUAAGUAAUACAGUGUUUGAACUGAAAAAUCAUUAUGACAAAAAUAAAGUAUUUGACACACUGGA